AUGAACGACUCUAGGGCUGUUGCCUUUGGGCAUCUGGUGGAGGAAGGGGAUCUAAAAGGUAUCUUUGAGAAGCUGUGGAGUUCGCUGCAGCUCAAACACGCCAAACACUCCCGACGAGCGCUGAAGAUCACCGCCCUGCGCCUUGAACAUAGGUGUACUACGCUCAAUGGGCACUAUGAACUCGAUCCCCAUGCAGAAUCUGCACGAUUUGACAACCUGACCAUGGCUCGGCUGGCACAAAAUGAAUACCACGUGGGGUGGAUGUGCGCCUUGCUCGUGGAGAUGGAGGCAGCAACAGCAAUGCUAGACGAAGACCGUCGACUGUCAAGGGUCAAGAGGCGAUCGGCCAAUGACGACGGUUUGUCAAGUACACACUGGGUGGGCUGA